AUGGGUUCUCUGGGACUUGAAGUUGCAAAGAAGGCAAUGUGGUUUUAUCCAAAGGUCAUGGGUUUUAAUCCUUUUGAGAGAUAUGGGCACUAUGCUUGCUACUCCAAUGGAUUUGUCUAUGUCUUUUGGGAGGGUUUCAGGGGUGAUGACAUUCGGAACAGUAAUACAAAGACUCUUAGGGCCGAAACAAGAACUGGUUGCCUUACUCGAAUGCUUAUACAAGUUUCCAAGUAUACGCAUAAGUUUGAAGUUACAAAAUUUGUUGAAAGCCACAACCAUCCAUUGAUGAUUGAUGAAUGCUUGCACAUGCUGCCGUCACAGCGUAGAAUAAGCCGCGUUCAGGCCUUUGAUUUGGAAUUGGCUUCUGAUUCAGGAAUAAACCCUCGCAAUUCAUAUGAGUUGAUGGGAAGGCAAGCUGGUGGAAAAGAAUCAGUCGGAUACAUGAAGUUGGAUUUGCUAAACCAUAUAAGGACCCGAAGACAAACUGAGCUCGAAUAUGGAGAGGCAGCAUAG